CCUAGUUGUCCAUGAGCGAAAUACACGAUACAUGCUUUCCUUGUGGUGACUAGUUUAUUUUCCCUUGGGAUACGAUUAGCCAACUCAGCUGCUUGAAGACAAAGAAUCCUUCAGUCUUUCGGAGUUUGUAUCGAAACUCACUGCCUACGUUUCUGCUCGUCACAGUAAUUUCUUGAAUUUCCCAUCAUUUUCAAUAGUAUGGCUAGCUAUGGCCGCCAUGAAGAUCAACGUAGCACUCUGGCAUUGAUUGCCGCAGGAUUUCACGAAUUUACUCGUACCUCUGGGGCGUAUCUAGCAAAAGUUUCCUUUGUCCACAAAUUUAUGGCCCUGGGUACCUUGGUUUUAUCAACUUUAUUUAUUGGAGGCUCACAUUUUUUUACAAGAAGAAUGGUCACAAAUCGAGAAGGAGGAUUUUUCCAAAAAUUAAAAAAAUUUAAGGUGGUUAGGAUAUCUCUGAAUGCAGUUGAUCACCUACUUCAUGUGGUGGAAAACUUAGUUGUUCCUAAUCAUACAGUAAAAGAUAAGCAAUCACCCAAGGCAAAUAGUUAUUUGGUGUCAGCAUCCUCAAAUACUAUCGGGACCGAAAUAAAUGGACUUCCAAAGUUAUUGAAUCUCCGUCACAUAUCAAAUUCUUCAAAUGGUACACCCUGUAACAAAGAAAAAUCAUCUGAAGCAGAAAAUUGGACACCCUUCUCGUCAGUAUCUACUACCGUCGAUGAAAGUAUGUUUGAUCCCAGCUGCGUAUCGUUGAUGGAAGAUUUGUCUCAAAGCACAAUUUCAACCCCAAUUCGGGAUUUGCGCCAACAAAUGGCUUCUAAAAUUCGAAUGUGGCGCCUGGCUAUUCAAGAUUUGGAAGGAACAGAGGAAUUCCCUUCUUGGUCUCCUGAACCUCCUCGCAGAAUAUCAAAGAACAGUUUGUUCGUCCGCUUGUGGAAAUCGCUGUCCGAGUUGCUAUCGGUACGGCAAUCUGGAUCGCCUCGUGACGUUGCACCUGGAUCAGGCCGCAAAAGAAAGCGGAUGGAUGCUGACGAUGACGACUUGGCUCUAUACAUACCACUUUACAAAGGUCAAUCGAAAUUGAACGGAAGUGGAUUGCUAAGCUCCGAGACCAAUGAACAACCAGCUCCGCCUGGUAUCCGGGGCCUGUCAGUGGUACCGAUCAUUGGAAAUUGGUUUUCCUCUGUUCAGCCGGAAGAUACUGAAGGCGUCGUGGAUGCACAGCUUGACCAUAUUUCUUUGAUACAGCGCGAUUGCGUUUCUCCUUCGAAGGAAAAAAGGGAUGCGACAAACGAAGACAAACCUUACGAAAUAACCAGAUCAGAAACAAGCUUUGGCGAAGGUGUUCCUCCAGAUCAAAGCGAUGUGUAUGUCGAGCAUCUUUAAGUUAUGUAAAAUGACUAGUGGAGCUAAUAUUCAAUGAGAACAAAAUUGA